AUGCGACGAGUGCAGUGGGUCUCACAAGCAAAUACCACCCCAAGUCAUCUACAGAGGACUGACUAUUUAUAUUACCGCGGCACAGGAAAACGGAAGCUCAAAUGCUCGGGAGAGUCGACAGGUUGCUCUCGAUGCGUCAAACAGACUCUUACUUGCAACUAUUCCAUACAAAAACAAAUGGGCCGCCCGCCCAAAAAGAGAACAAGAGCCGACGACGAUGAGGCCGACCUCACAGCCCAAUCCGGGGCGGAGACGUGGCCUACCCCAGAGGAUUUGCAACAACCUUCAACCGGGGCUGGUCCAGGGGUGACACAUUUUCCGGACUCUGAUCAUCUUUGCCCCUCGUUCUUCUGGCCGCCAAGCAUGAGUGCGAAAUCGCCACAUUCGCAGCCUACGCCAGAGCUGUCAGAUCCAUUGUCUGGUUACGAAGAUCAUAAUCACACAUGGCAGCCAGAGCGUUUGAAACAGCCGAACCUCCCUGUUCCUGCAUCAUCAAGCCCAUGGCCUGAUUUCUCCACAGUCUCUGAAGCCACCACCAUACCUGCGGCUUUUCCAAAUCCGACAAAUUUCCCUGCAGUGGGAUCUCUACCGCUGUCCCCUUCCAAUUCUAUAUCCUCCGAACCCACGGCAGCCAGUUGCUCCUGUCUUUCCUACCUCUACCUUUCCCUCAGCCACAUGUCAUCAAUAGCAUCCUUCCCCGUUGAUUCCAACACCAUCUGCUCUCUAUAUAUCGCAGCACGAACCGCACAAGAUGUGAUUCGCUGCCCAAUCUGCCCCAAAGUGUUCGCCACCGGCAUACAAAACAUCACAUUUGUGGGAACUUUGUUAAGCGUCGUAGCUGACUCAUGGCUACGUCUCUCGAAGGGCGACGCCACGGAACUUGGGAUGAACGCCGCGCCGGCAGAGUAUGUGAAUAAAGUCAUGCAAAGUCCAGAUCCAGCACAAGCCUGGAAGACCUGGCUUCGUCAAGUUGUUCGUCGCGCCGUCGUUGGUGGCUAUAUGGAAGAUGGCGCUGCAGCUGUCUGUUCUCGCCAUUUGGCUCUGCUAUCCAUUAUCACGGAAAUUGAAAACCGGCAGCGUCGCUGGCAUCAACCUGGGCAACAUCCCUUCGAGGAGUGCAACCCCAUGGCCCCAACACCUUCAGACCGAUCGCAGUCCGAGCACGAGAAUGAAGGCAAAGACGAAGAUCUUCUCUGCGUUCGCAUCGUUGGCAGUGCCAGAUCUGUUAUCGCAAAGUUCGAUUUUGAUCCCUCUGAUUAUCCUGAGGGUGUUGAACCGAUGACUCCCCAUCAAAAACCAAGAGUCAGGUAA